CCUACAGAAACGGAUAAAUGAAAUGGAAACACAAAAGCAAAAAAUUCAUGAAGAGACUAAAGAUGUUAAUGAGAAGAGUAGUAAACUUGCUGAUGAAAUGAAAGAUAAGACUAAAGCCUUAAAAGAUAUAGAAAAAAAGCUCAAUAAAAUCACAAAGUUUAUAGAGGAAAACAAAGAGAAAUUCACUCAGUUGGAUUUGCAAGAUGUUCAAGUAAGGGAAAAAUUAAAACAUGCCAAAAGUAAAGCUAAAAAACUUCAGAAGCAACUUCAAAAGGAUAAAGAAAAGGUUGAGGAAUUAAGAAAUGUUCCUGCCAACAGUAAGACAGAAAUCAGAGAAGCAACAUCUAAGAAAGAAGUUCUUGAAAAGGAGAAGGAAAGAGAGGAGGAAAAAUUAAAACAAGUUAUGGAUAGCCUUAAAUUGGAAACACAAGGUCUUCAGGAAGAAAAAGAGGUCAAAGAAAAAGAGCUUAUGGAAUUCAAUAAAACUGUGAAUGAAGCCCGUUCAAAGAUGGAUGUAGCUCAAUCAGAACUGGAUAUCUACCUCAGUCGUCAUAAUACUGCUGUGUCUCAGUUAAAUAAAGCAAAAGAGGUACUAAUGACUACUUCAGGAACUCUAAAAGAAAGGAUAUCUACUAUCAAAGAGCUUGACACAAAAUUACCUCAAGCUGAACAGGAGUUAAAGGAGAAAGAAUGUAAGCUUGAAAAACUCGGAAGACAGGAGUUGGACAUUAAAAACCUUGUUCGGGUACAACGUCAAAAAGUAGAAGCAGCAAAAAGUUCUUUGGCAGUCAGUUGCAGUAGAGGAAGAGUUCUUGAUGCUCUACUUCAGCAGAAGAAAUCUGGAAAAAUUCCUGGAAUAUAUGGGAGAUUGGGAGACUUGGGAGCUAUUGAUGAGAAGUAUGAUAUUGCUAUCUCCUCAUCUUGUGGUGCCUUAGACUACAUUGUUGUUGAUACAAUAGAUACAGCUCAGGAAUGUGUGAAUUUCUUGAAAAGGCAAGGGAUUGGAGUUGCCACAUUUAUAGCCUUGGACAAAAUGUCAGAGUGGACACAACAUAUGAGUAAAAUCCAGACUCCUGAAAAUAUUCCUCGUCUAUUUGACUUAGUGGAAGUAAAAGAUAAGAAGAUUCUCCCAGCCUUUUAUUUUGCAUUACGUAACACUUUAGUAGCCAACAACUUGGAACAAGCCACCAGCGUAGCAUUUCAAAAAAACAAAAGAUGGAGAGUAGUAACUUUGCAAGGACAAAUCAUAGAACAGUCAGGAACAAUGACUGGUGGUGGAGGUAAAGUACUGAAGGGGAGAAUGGGAUCCUCAGUCAUGGUUGAAAUUUCAGAAGAGGAGGUAAAUAAAAUGGAAUUGCAGCUGCAAAAUGAUUCAAAAAAAGCAGUGUGCUACCAGGAAGAGAAAGUAGAGCUUGAAGAUGCUAUAAGAAAAUUGCGUCAAAGUGUUCAAGAAAUGAGAAGCACUUUAGAAAAGUAUACAGCCAGCAUACAGAGUCUAUCAGAACAAGAAGUUCUCUUAGAAGACCAACUUAAGGAACUUGAGGCUAAUGUAAUUGCUGCUGCUCCUGACAAAAGCAAACAGAAAGACCUGGAAAAAAAUCUUAAUGCCUUCAAGAAAGAUUAUGAAUGUGUUGCUGGAAAGGCUGGUAAAGUAGAAAGUGAAGUUAAAAGAUUACAUAAUCUCAUAAUUGAAAUCAAUAAUCAUAAACUUAAAGCUCAACAAGACAAACUUGAUAAGAUAAACAAGGAAAUAGAUAAGUAUACUUCUGCUGUUACUAAAGCCCAGGUGGCAAUCAAGACUGCAGACAGAAAUCUGAAAAAAUCUGAGGAGUCUGUUCUUCGCACUGAGAAGGAAACUGGAGAUAAUGAAAAGGAAAUAGAUGACCUAACAAAAAUGCUGACGACACUAGAAGAAAAAGCUACUGAAGUUAUGAACGAGUGCAAACAAGCUGAAGAGUCAUUACCAGAGGUUCAGGAGCAGCAUCGUAAUCUACUUCAAGCAAUGAAGUCAAUUCAAGAGGAUGAACAUGUUCUUCAGAAAGAGGCCCUUAGUAUAAGGCUUAAAAUUGAACAAAUAGACAGUCAUGUUGCUGAGCAUCAAUCAAAGAUAAAAUAUUGGCAAAAGGAGAUAUCAAAAAUAUCACUGCACCAUGUAGAAGCAGAACCAGUUGAAGAACUUCCAAUUCUAAAUCAAGAGGAACUUGAAGCAAUUAAAGAUCCAGAUAUUAUAAUUAAUCAAAUAGCCCUUUUAGAGGCCCAGUGUCAUGAAAUGAAACCAAAUCUUGGUGCCAUUGCAGAAUAUAAUGAGAAGGAAGAACUGUACUUGAAACGCGUGGCAGAGCUGGAUGAAAUUACCAAUGAGAGAGACAACUUUAGACAAGCUUAUGAAGAGCUUAGAAAACAAAGACUUAAUGAGUUUAUGGCUGGAUUUAAUAUAAUAACAAAUAAACUAAAGGAGAAUUACCAAAUGCUUACUUUAGGAGGAGAUGCUGAACUAGAGCUUGUAGACAGUUUGGAUCCUUUCUCAGAAGGAAUUGUUUUUAGUGUUCGACCACCAAAGAAAAGUUGGAAGAAGAUAUUUAACUUAUCAGGAGGAGAGAAAACCCUUAGUUCCCUGGCUUUGGUUUUUGCUCUCCAUCACUACAAGCCAACUCCACUUUAUUUCAUGGAUGAGAUAGAUGCAGCCCUUGACUUCAAAAAUGUGUCCAUUGUAGCAUUUUACAUAUAUGAGCAAACAAAAAAUGCACAAUUUAUCAUCAUCUCUCUGCGAAAUAAUAUGUUCGAGAUUGCAGAUAGAUUAAUUGGAAUUUAUAAAACAUACAACACAACAAAAAGUGUUGCAACAAACCCAAAAGUGAUUGCAUCUAAAGGACUUGCUGAACUUGGUGCUGUUGGAUGCUGCUGAAUGCAACAUUUCCUGUCCAGAAGAAACUGAAAUCUAAUGAAUAUUUUCAUUGUAUAAUUGUUGUUUUGCCUGUUUUGUACAGAAAAAAACUGUAUGUUUUGUAAUUGUUUGUAGAUAUCUAUACCUGUCUAAAGCUUUGUAGAUAUCUAUUUCAGUAUUUGAAUGUAAGCCAAAAUUUGCAUAAACUCUUUUUUUUCGUCAAUAAUCUACUACACUUAAUUUUUUAACAGAUAUUCAAAUCUGUAUAAAUUUAAGCACAACAGAACUGGUCCCCAACCUAUAUUUAGUUCCACUUCAAAAUUCCAUUCAGUGGGCUUCAUAUCAGUGUUUUAGGUUCUGUUUAUAGUUUUUGAAUCAGCUUUUUAUGAUGUCUUUUACUAAAAAUAAAAAUUAAUCUAAA